UAUUUCUCUCAAUUUGUUGUGAAUUUGUGUUGUCGCCGAUAUUUCGUGUGAAACUGAAAAAGUCAUUACUAUUGAUGCAAUCACGUGCACUUACCAGUAUACAUUUUUAUAAAAUAAACUUUACAUUGUUGCAUAUUCAAGAAAAAAACAUUUGUGUCAUCUUCUAAAACAUAUUAUUCAUUUGUGUAACGAUGCUACGCUUAGGCCUAAAUGGGUGAUGAAGUUAAAUUGCGAAAUUCCAGUUCAGUGGAAUGUUUGUAUUAGGCAAGUAAUAUCUAUACUUUAAGACCUAAGCAAAGUUUCAGGAUUUAGUGAUUAGUGCAGUGACAUUCAGAUGUUUAUCUGAAACAAAACAUAUUUUGAAAUUGGACUUUAUGAGUUGAUACGACAUUUGAUUUUUUUUGUUUAAAAAAUUCUGAUAUGGCAAAAGUAAUAGAUAGCUUAGAAUGCGGAAAAUGUGGUGAGAUCUUCCAUCAGUUGGAGGUGUUCAUUAAACACAAAAUGUCCAAUUGCACAGCAAAAGAGGAUGAGGAAGAAGAUUCUGAUACGAAAACAAAAAAGCCAGUUAAAAAAAGUGAAGGAAGCAUGAAAGGUGUCAGCAGAAUGAGUAAAGGUAUUGAAAAAGCAAAGAAUAUGAACCGAGUGAGCCCAAAAUUCUUACCCAAGAAAUCCAAAUUAAUGAUGCUUGAAUCAGAAUCUCCCAAGCUCAAGGGUGUCACUGGAUACUUGUGGAAAAAACGUCUCCUGCAAGAGCAGCAAAAGCAGCUAAUGCGGGCUAAGCGCAAGUCCAUGAUGUCUGAGGAAGAACCUUUUGAUCCAGUGGGAGAUUCCUCUGACUCUGAUUCCAGCCUCAUAGGAGAGCGAUGUGGACAAUGCUCUGGAUGUCUUAUGGAAGAAGAUUGUAUGGAGUGUGAAGUGUGUCUGCGAAAGAUGGAAGAUCCAGAUGUUGAUGAUUUGUGCAUCAUGAGGGAAUGUACUGCAGAAGCUGAUGGUGAAGUAUACAAAGUAGAAAAAAUUGUUGCAAAACGAUUUCGACAUGGGCGUUUUGAAUACCUCAUUAAAUGGAAAGGAUAUUCUAGUGCUGAGAAUACUUGGGAACCUAAGGAGAAUAUCCUAAGUCCUGCUCUUUUAGAGGAUUUUGAAAGAAGACAGAGAAUGAUGUCAAAGCGAUCACCACAAAACAUGCAUGGAAUGCCAAGGAAGAGGAAAAAGUUUUAUUAUACAGAAUCCAGUGAUGACUCUAGUCAUGAUGAAACGCGUGCUUCCAGAAUGUUUUCUCCGGCAACAGCUUUGGAUGCCCAACGAGGCCGUUCCAGCAAGAAGGCUGCCAUGAACUUCAUCAAGACUGUAUGCAAAAAAGGGCGGCGUCCCAGUCCAGAAGUUCUCCAUGUUCCAACAUUAUCAUCUGAUUCUGAGUCAAGGUCGCCUUCUCCAGAAUUGUCUAAAAAAAAGAUAAUUAUUGAAGUACCUGACCCUAAAGAGAAGGGAAAAUAUAUCCGAGUAAAAGGUGAAGCUAGGAAGAUAAAAUUUCUUAAAGACUGUGAUCUACAACCUGUUGUGGAUCUUGGUAAACCUGUUCCAAAUAAUGAUGAGGACAUACAAGCUUUAGUCUUUGAGGAUAUUGUUCAAAGGCGGGUUGCUAAAUUGAGGGAAAAGGAGAUGCAGAAACGAAUUGGAGAAGCAAAACAGAAGCCAACUGGUCUUCACAAGGCUCGAGGCAAUGAAUUUUCUCCAAAAAUUGUUACCCCUGUUAAGACAAUUUCUUCUAAAGUUGGGGAGACUAAAUUUGGUAAACUGCUUGAAUAUGGUGCUGAAAAGAAAAAGCGUAUUGGCUACCAGCAGAAAAUUGAGAGUCUAAUGGAAAAGAAUGCUGAAGACAUGGAGACAACAUUAGAUGACUUCGAUGAUAGUGGAGAUUUCAAAACUCUAGCAGAAUUGAGGGAAAGUCUUCGACAGAAUGCAAAGAAGGAAGAGAAGACUAUUGCCAAACCAAAGGUAUCAUCUCCUACACCUAAGGCAGGUGCCAGGAAGAACUUCCCCAGGCCUCUGAAACCAAAGGGAGCCCUUUCAACCCAGCCAUCCACUCAGAACAUAGGAGGAGUUUCUAACCCAGUAGUUGGUGUUAAAGGAAAAGAUUCAACAAACGAAAGAGUGUUUGUAGUUAUGCCUGAUGGAAGUAUGGUGGAAGUAAGCACUGCUAAAACAGAUUCUAAUGUACCAAAGGCACCUGUGGAAACAACUCAGAAGAAGAUAUUGCCCAAGGAAAAAACCAAAGCAGUCAGCAAAUCUGUGAUUCCACUCUCUAAGAAAACAAGUAGUCAAGUGACUUUGGAAGAUUGCACAGGAGAUGCCAUUGAUGAUAGUAAAACCCUGAAACUACCCAAUACUCUACAGUUAGUACAAAGUGAACUCCCUCUGUCUGAGGCAGAGAACAACAGCAAGCUGAUUGGAAUGUUCCUCUUUCGGCAGGUCAUUUCCCCCAAUGAUCCAUCACAAAAAUGUCUUCUUUGCCCCAACAAGAACACUUUUCGAGAAUUGGUAGACCUUGAGAAGCACUAUAGCCAGGUCCACGAACUAGCCUCACAGACAUUCAAAGCAGAGUUCAGUGAAAACAUAGUCUUUGUAUGUGUUCCACCUGAUGUUACAGAAUCAACAACACUUAACUCUAUUUGCCGCUUCUGCGACAUCACCCUCAAGAAUCUCUCCGAAGUGAGAUCACAUUACCCAACAUCCCACAACAAGGUCGUCCGGCUUGUGCAGGAGCGGGAGGUAACGGAACUAAGUAGUUCCCUUUUUUGCUCCAUUUGCUCUGAAAUGUCAAAAGAUUUCACGGAACAUCAUGCUCACAUGAAGGCCGUCCAUCGUAUGCAAACUUAUGUCUGCAAGUACUGUAAUUUUGUUACUUCGAGGGCUAAUCGGCUGAAGAGUCACGUCAAACAGAAACACAUCUCUGGUGGAGUGGACUUGACUCCGACUAUUUUAGGAGCCAAAGGAUCCAAAAUCAAACUGAAGUGCCCUGUGUGCCAUUUAUUUAUCAAUGGCAAGGUGAAUUUAGAUCAACAUAUCCUGCUAGCACAUUCAGUUCAGACAGGUCCUGAAACUUGGUCUUGUGCCAAGUGCCUUAAGCCUUGUGGUUCAGCAAAAGACUUCACUGUACACGUGUUUUCAUGCACUUCUAACCGAGGAGGAGAUCGUAACAUUCAGUACAAACCAACUUUUGUAAAGCAGACUACUUGCAUUUACAAAUGCAAUCAGUGUUCUGCUACUUACAUUUCAGAGAAACUCAUUAAGAAACACUUGUCAGAAUCUAAACACAGUCAAGGUUUUGAGGUGGUCCGACAAGUGGAAGCAGAUGAGGGGCCCAAACAGAACUGCUUCUUAUGUGAUAAAACUUUUCCAAGUCCCAAACUCUACGAAAAGCAUCUUGUUCAUGUUCAUAUGGAAUGGGUGGAGAGGAAGGGAGUAGAGCACAAUGAUGGAACCAAUCCAGACGAUGUCAUCAACACUUCUCUGCAAAUGGAGGAGGUGCCCACUCAAGAAGAGUUGGCUGACAUCUCUUUUCCAUCAAAAAUAGGCCAUUAUUGCCAUAUAUGUGACACUGUGAUCGCCAGUUAUCCUCUGUACUACCUACAUAUGCAGGACCUUCAUGUGACAGAAAAAUGUUUCCGAUGUGUGAUUACAUCCUGCCGCAAAACUUUUACUAGCCCCUCAGAAUUUGAACAACACAUCCAAUCACAUCCACAGGACAUGGUACAUAAUUGCAGCAUUUGUGAUGCCACUUUUGUUGACCAAGAAGAACUGAAGGAACACAAUCUGUCAGUCGAGCAUGGAAGUCGUUACAUGAAGAUGCAUGAAAAAUGUCGACCAAGUGGCAUUGAGGCUAGGAAUUAUCAAUGCAAGGUGUGUCAGACAUGGUUCGGUUUACGCCAUUAUCUCAUUCAGCACAUGGAGACAGACAAUCAUGACUACAAAUGCCAGAAGUGUGGCCUCCAGUAUCUUCAGCCAGGAUCACGCCGAUUACAUAUACAACAAGUGCACCCAGACAUUGCAACAACAUGCGAAUUUUGUGGAUUGAAAAUGCAGAGCACACAGGCUGUAUGGGGACACUUGAAGACACAUGGCAUCGUGCAUGAAUGCCAAAGUUGUCAUCGGCGUUUCUUGCACAAGGAACAAGUUAAUACACAUAUGGAAACACAUGAUCCUCCUGUGCAAUGUCCUUGGGAAGGUUGCUCUCGACAUUUGGUCACCAAAAUUAGUCUUUACUUUCAUUUGAAAACACACAGAGGUGAUGAAGAUCACAAGUGCCCUUAUUGUCAAAAAGGUUUUAUGAAAGAAAAAUUGCUGGAAGCACAUAUCAAAACUCAUGAAACAGAAGUUUCUAAAACCGAAGAAACAGAAGCAAAAGUGGCAUCCGCAGCUGUUGCCAUGGAUGAAUCAAAUGAAGCUGAGCUCAUACAGUUGAUAUGUGCUGGUUGUGACCAAGGUUUUGAUGAUGAAGACCAAUUUGCUGGGCAUGAUUGCAAAGUUUCAAAACAAUCCUCGAUAACUGAUAUUGUUCCGAAUCAAAAAUAUUCCAGUAAUAAAGAGGAGAAUGAAAGACCAUCAGGAAAUGAAGAUCCCAAAAAUUCUGAUAAUGAUCUUCUCUCAUCAGUGUUAGAAAACACUGAUGACCUUCAGCUUCUUCAAGAAGAGGGCACUUUGAAAUCCGAUGAGUGUAAACCAUUGGAGGUAUCAUCAGAAAACAACCAAGAUAUCAGCGAGAAAAAUCUUCAGCUGGAAACAGAAGUUUCGAAUGGAAGUGAUGAAAGAAAAGAUUUCAUAGAUGGUGUUCUUUCGAUAUCCAACCAAGAAAGUAAUGACGCUUCUUCUGCACAGUUUGACGAUCUUUCUAAUGAAAUGGUUCUCGCUCUGGAAAAAAAUGAAGUGAUGACUCUGGAGGAUUCAGAAUCUGCUGACCAUCAGGCAGAUUUGAGUCAAGAUUUCUCAUUGGAUAGUGAUGGUAAGCCAGAAGAUGAGCAAAACUUAUCUAGUAGCAUGCAAGAAGAGACAACAGAUGUCCUCGACUCUGAAAAUAAAUUAGCUGACAAGUACAUGGAAGUACCAGCAGAUGAGGAAUUCCCUACAACCGCAGAAUCUGUCGAACAAGAGACUAUGUCGGAAGAUAGAGAUGCAAAAGAAGCAGAUAUCGAAUCAGAAACAGAACACAGAACAGUGAUGAUGGUUGUUUCUGACCAUCAAGAUGAGGGUCAGGAAAUGGAGUUGGAACUUCCAGACGAUCCGUCAUAUGCAGGUGCAACUUUGUUGAAAGUUCCAACCUCAGAUGGGAAACAGGUACUUCUCAUCCCCUUCAGCAGUGCAGAUGGAACAGUCUCUCUGCAAUUGCCUCCAGGCAUGACCUUGGAAGGGGCAGAUGGCACUCAUGGACAGAACAUUCAAGUUGCCCUUGAAGGGGCCGGGACCAUCGAUGAAAAUGGAGUAGGGACCGAGCCCAGGUAUCUUCAUGUGCCUGUAGAAGGGGAGGUUAUAAAUGAAUUGCUACAAAAUGAGCAAGACAUGCAAGUGCACGAAAAAUUGACUGCUGAUUCCAUAGUGUCAGAAAACAGCAUCUCUUCAUUGUAAUAUUGUGAAAUGUUUUUGUAAUUGAUCAAAACACAAUAAUGUAUUGAAAAUAUUGUUAACAUACAGAUUUUACAGUGUUAAAAAAAAUUCUUUUGAGUUAGUCAUUGAAAUUGCCAUUUCAUCUCUUUUAUGUUAGUUAAUUGCAGUUUUUGUUCAAAAUUUAUCAAAACAGAAUAAAUAAUAUGUCAUUAUGGACAUAAAAUAAGUUUGAAAAUGAAUUCUUAAUCAAACUUCAUCUUUAUUUAUCAAACUAAAAACUCAGAUUUAAGAUUUUGGGUGUUAAAAAUAUUCAACUGCGGAAGGUUUCCUCCAGUUUAUAUGAAAUAAAUUAUGUGUAUAUAAGGUAUGCCCAAAUUAAAAAAGGGGUUUAAUUAUAUCUAAAGAAUUUUUAAUUAUAAUGGAAUGCUUGUGCAUAAUGGACAUUUUUUCAUUACAAUACAUGGGAAAGGAUAGUUUUAUGUAAUCUUAUAAAUUUCUGAUUGAUCCAGUUUUCUAAAAUCCAAUUGUCAGAGGUAAGCGUUUGGCUUUUAAAUUAUUGUAUUCACAUAUUGAAUCACAUGAAAAUAAUGAAACUAUAAGCAGAAUUCCCCUCUGGCCACAUAUGGGUUAAUGUCCUAAGCCACCCAUUCCCCAUCAACCUUUUGUGUGUGUGUGUCUGUUUAGUUCUCAGUAAUCACAUUAAGCAUUAAUUGUAUCUGCAUAUACCAACCAGUCAAUGGGUGGAAUUCUUUUGUCAGAAAAGAAACCAAACAGUACUUUUAUUGGCAGAGUGAACUGAAGGGGAGCCUUGAUGUCAUCUGUUUAUAUUGUAUUUGCGAACAAUCUCGUAACAAAAAUCUCUUACUUAUUUGGGCUUGCCUUAUAGUUACUUCUCAUUUGUAACCAUCUGUAAUUUUCUGUUCUAAGUGAGAGGACCUUUCAUCUGUUUCUGUAAAAUCGCUUACAUGGAAAAAAUCCACUCAUCUUGCAUUUGGCAAAGAGCAUUGUAUAUAUGAAUCUUGUUGCAAAUAUUUUAGUUUCUAGGGUUAUUUUUUAAGCAGCAUCCACAAAAAUGGACAAUGCAAAGAUUGGAACACAAACAUUGCCAUCUUCUAAGUUGCAGCAUUUUGCAAUGCCUUAAGCUAUAGUUGUCUGAGUUUUUAAGGAUAACUUUUAUUAGUUAAACCUUGGUAAUUUUAGUUGUAAAAUUUUUACCAUUUCUGUGGUUAUUUUAUUUUAUUUUAUUUUAUCUUGUUGAAAAAUCAGUUCUGGUUGAGAUGUUCUUCCUCUUCAAAUUUUCAAUGGACUAAAAUAUUUGUACUCUUGUUUAUAGUGUAAAUAUUCAUGUAAAUGUUGAAAAAUAAAUAUUCCACACUUUCCUUAUUCCAUUUGUCUCAACAUAAAAUUGUUAAAUUUUCUCUUUACAUGCCUCGUUGGUUUUAGUAUUAAUUUUAAAUUUUGUGUAGGUAAAUGAAUAUGCAUAUUGAGUGUAUUUCAAAAUUUUAUCUCUAUUAAGAGAUGUGUAAUUUCUUGCAUCCUACAAAAUAUUGGGCUUGGUAAAUCUAAUUAUUUUGUAAAUUUCAUAUUUUUCUUUUCUCUAAGAGAUUUGAAGUGUAAAUUUAUAUUUUAAAAUACUUUGAAAUUAUUAAUCAAUUAGUUUCAAACUGGUAAGAUUUUCUUAAAGAGAAAAUUCUGCCACCAAAAUUUGUAAUUUGUCCUUCUACCCUUGCAGUAGAAUUUAUCAAGAAUUUGUGUCAACUUAUUCUUACUCGUAGGGUUCGGGCAAUUAACUAGAUUUUGUAUAGUUAUUAGCUGCUAUCAAUUAAGUUAACUGGACCAUAAGAAUAUCAAAUGUUUCAGCGAUGUGCCCCCUUAAAUGAAGAUGGGAGACGUGCUUAUGAAGGGUUGAUAAAGAUUUUAAAUGCAUUGUUUGGACAAUUAUCACUUAAUUGCCCAACAUGGUACGCAAUUUUAAGAAAACGAAGUCGUCGUCUUUUUUUUUUUUUU